AUGACGCAAGCUGAGCUAGUUCGAGAGCUGGAAAGUCCAGCCAAUCUGAUCAAACUCAUUAAUCUCAUUUGCGCGAAGUAUGGCCUCGACUCAAAGAAGCAUACCAAUCUAACCAACAUCAAGGCGUUCUUGGGGCCGUUGCAAGUAGACUCUAUUGCGAAUCAGGUGUCGUCAAUCGAUGCUGCUAACGCCCUCAUAGUUGAUCUCUAUGAUAAAAAACGGUCGGACCCUCGACUCCGCGCCAGUCUCCCGGAAGAUUUAGACCGCACGAAGCAGUAUUUGUUGAAACUCAUAAAAACGCCUGGAGAAGACAAAGAGGCGCUGACGCCGUAA